GUUAUUAGUUUCACGGAUAUUAUUGACGUCUAUCCCGACCGACAAGGACGAAAGGGAAAUAGUAAUAAAAAUUCGAGUUUCUGUCUACUCUUGGUGGCCUCAUGUCCUUCUCUGUCCUCUAUAAGUUCUCCAAAAUGUAAGCCGCUACCAACCCGUACUCGAACACUUUCACUAACGGCUCCCUCACCCGAAGCCAUGCGGGUGUGGGUUGACGCCCUCUUUACUUGCGCUGGAGCCUAUCUCUGUCUUCCAAACACAGCACUUUCCAAUCAAGGACGCGAUGAAUCGACCAAAGAUGCCUCCAGCAGUUGA